AUAUAUUAUUUAUUAUCAAAACAAACUGUAUAAUUGAUACUCGAGCUAGCAGCUCUAUGGAAUUAAUUAAUCAGUUAAAGGCGUUAUUUAAUUUUAAUUCGAGAAGUAAUCAACACUGGUUAUUUAAAUGAGAUAAAGAUCGCGAGAGGUAUCUCUGCAUACCGAGAAUGGUUUUCCAUGAGAGAAAAUUGAAUUGAAUUGAAAGAUGGGACGAUCGAGACUGAAGAAAUGUCGAAAAAUAGUGAAUGCAGAUGAAACGCAUGAAAAAACUGAAGGAAAACUCAUCAAUAAUUUACCGGAUAAAUUGUUAAUUAUGCGAGUGAAGAGUGGAACGAAAAUUAGGAAUGUCUUUCAGUACUCUAUUAAAGAAUUUACAAAGUAUGAAGGGGUUUUAUGGACGGGUGGGGGUCAGGCAGUGGGAAAAGUCAUUACAUGUGCGGAAAUGUUCAAGAGGCAGUACAAAUGUCUUCACCAAAUUACAAAACUUCAGUAUAUCGAAUCGAAAAAGAAUUCUGAGGCGGAUACCGAUCAGAAGCAAGUGCCGGAAAUCCAUAUAUACCUCACAAAAAAUCCGCUGAACUCCUCCGAACUUGGAUACCAACAGCCCCAUGAUACCGGCAAUUUCCAGAAUUCAUCCGCGGAUGUGCACCGGAAAGGUCAAAAUGUUAACAGCAACAUUUCAGGAAUUUCUACUGAGGAAUUCGCCAAAAUGGGAUUGAGAACGGGACAAAAGAGACCGAGGAAAAAUGUGACGAACAAAACCCCCACUAAAUCGAAAAAAGCUCGCGUCACAAAUUAAUUAAUAAUUUUCCACAAAAAACAAUGAUUAUUAUUAUAUUAUUGUAUUAAUGUCUCAGGGCU